CUUCUUUUCUCGUCACAAUCUAACGCAAAUUGUAAUCUUUUCGUAUAUUGCAUAAAUAAAAGUGAACUUGGACAAAUCUAGGUUGAAUUGUACAUAUUUAUCCAGAAGGCGGCGCUGUCAUCAAACUUUUUAACAUGGUUAGUGGUGCGUCAAACAAUUUUAACUACGAAAAGUUAAGUUCAGUUAGAUAGCAAAACUUAAAAAACGGUAUAAUACUAUAUAUUGAGGAAAAAGUAGUCAGUUAAUCGGAAGUGACAUACGACAUUGGUUCAGUGAAUGAAAUAAAAUAUGGGAGAACGUACGGUUCGUUUACUCUGUAAGCUUAGUAUUUUCAGCUUUUUCAUUUUUUUCAUAAAAAUGUCAAAUGCAGCAAGUGUCCCAGGAACUAAAAAUAUUAUUGACACUAUAAAAAAUGACAAAAAUUUGCAAUGUAAAUUGCCAGAGUCUGUAUAUGAUAGCAGUAUUAUAAAGGAUUGUCAUAAUUUAACAUAUCCUGAAAACACAACUAAAAUUAAAGAUCUAGAUCCAGAUAUACUAAAAAAGACUAUUUUGUGCAUAGCAUUUCAUGACAUGUUAUACAAGGUUUGUUCAUCUAAUAUGACUUCUCAAAUACCAAAUGACAAUGCUAAAUUUCAAUCAUACAUUGAAAAAUUCUACCCUGAGAAUGAUGAAUCGCAUAGGAUCAAGUUUUGUGAAAAUAUUAAAAGUGUUAAAGUUUCAAAUAAACAAUUGCUACCAUUGUUAUCUCUGAUACAUUUGAAUGAAAGUACUGUAUGUCAUGCUACAUGCUUCAACAUACAAGGAAAUUUUAAUCCACCUUGUGCAAUAUUUGCUUUGAGUAAAAAAAUUGACGAGGAUAUAAGAAAUAUAAACAAAUCUCAUCAAACACAGUCUCAAACUUCAACAGUAACUAAUGGAGUACAGCAGUCUAAGAGUUUAAGCGAAAGUUUAAACCCGGUACAAACAUCGUCGCACGCAAAUGCAAAUGAUAAUACUGCUGUGGAACCUCAGACAACAGAUAUUAAAACAGGUGUGGUUUCAGAAAGUAAAAUACCUCAGAAGGAGAAUUCAGAUAAAAUGCCUGUGGACUUAGAUAAAACACCUGAGAAUUCAAAAAAAAUAUCUAAUAAUCAAGCUACAUCAUCUAAAAAUCAAGAUAAGACAACAGAGAAUCAAAGUAAAACAUUAGAAAAACAAGAUAAGAUACCUGAGGAUUUAGAUAAAGCACCUGAAAAUAAAGAUAACGCUCCUGAAUUUGAAGAUGUACCUGAGAAUCAAGGUAAUGCACCCGAAAACGAAAGUAAUAUGCCUGAAAAUGAAGGUAAUGCAGGUGAGAAUCUAGGUAAUGCACCAGAGAAUAAUAUAAAUGAUGAUGAAAAGAACAAGAAGGAUGCUAACGAUAUUAAAACAAGCACAAUAUCAGAAAACACCCAGAAUCAAGAGAACUCUGUUAAUCAAGAUGAAUGGAAUCGUCUGGUAGAUGACAAGUCUUCGUAUGAUACAAAUGAUGUAUCAGAUCAUGCUGUUGAUACAGCAAUUAUGCCUGAACCUGAACAGAGGAAUAUCAUAUCUCGUUAUCAUAGUAUAAGGUCAGGUGAAAGGUCUCAUUUCUUCACCUACUUUACUGUUUUUUCCUUGAUCUCCAUAGCAGCAUAUGUAGGUUAUCAUAAUAAACAAAAGAUACUGGCCAUGGUAUUGGAAGGACGAAGAUCGCGAAGCAAUCGUGGUAGACGACGACCAAGCACAGCUAAUUACCGUAAGCUAGAUUGUACGUUAGAAGAGGCAGUUACGUCACAGUGUAAUGCAAAUGUUACGCAUGUUAUAUACUAAUACAUGUAAUAUAUCGGAUACUUUAAUGCAAGUGCAUAAUAGCACCCGUGUAAUAUAUUUUGUAUUCAAGUAUACUUUCAUUAUACAAAUAUCUUUUUAAGAAAUCAAUGGUUUACUAGUAUUCAAUUGUUACUGCAUUAAAAUUUACCGUUAUCUAGUAUGAAAUAGUGAAAUAUUUUGCACUGUUUGGAUUGAUAUCUUGUAAUGAAAUUACAAGAUUUAUUAUUAUACGGGACAAAUCUCCUGACGUUUAGACAUUGGAUGUUUUUGCUGUUUUCAAAAAUACGUUAGACUUCUGAAGAACAUCGCCUUUAUACUUUUUUACGUAAAAACGACCUGUAUAAAAACAAGUAUACAGUUACGUCACUUAACUGUAAAUGCAAAUGCACUGUUUGUUAUAUGCAACUUUAAUAACUUGUACGUUAUUCUAACAUUAUUCAUACGAAAUUAAAAAUUGUAAAAAGUUUUAUACAUUUAUAAAGUUAUAUCUUGUUUUAAACUCAGUCAUUACAUUUGUCAUAACUUUCCACAGUAAAAUGAUGUACAAUUAAUAGAAUGAUUUUGAUUUUGCUAGUACAUGCAGUAUGUAAUUGACAAGAUUUAGUUAACAAACAAGCAAUAACACAAACAAUAUAUUACUUUCGUUAUCGAGGUGUCAUGUUCAUACAGUACAUUAACUAAAAUGAAAAAAAUAAAUGUGGACGAUUUUCACUGUGACCGACUGUAUCUAUACAUUUAAGCUUAUGUUAACAGUUUUGUAUUUUUAAUUUUAGUUAUAUGAAAUAUGUGCUCUAUUUUCUUGCUGAAACUUAGAUUUUUGUUGCCGAAAGCUACUUCAUUAAAUUAAAAUGUAGAAUAGAUUUUAUUUUUCAAGAUUAUGAAAGAAAGGGAUAGAUGUAAAUAUAGCUUCAUAAGAUAGUAAUUAUUAUUCAGAAUAUAGUAGAACAAAGUAGCGACUAUGGCGCAGCUGUGAAUCUCUAAUCAAUUAAUGGAACUUGUUUAUUUGUUGAAAGAAUACAGCUUAUAUAUUUCAGUCUUAAUUGAUUAGUCCUCUAAUCAGAAAAGGAAACUUAGUUCAUGUAACGAGUUUCUCAGUUUCGCCACAUGGAGUCGCCACUCCGCUCUACUAUAGUCAUAAGAUGAUACUAUUAUUUUUGUAAUAUUUAGCUUUCGAUACCGAUUUUUAUUUAAAUCAAAAUACAUCCAUGUCAUAUGAUUUCCUUCGUUAUAAUUUGUAUAAUCGUUAGGUGUACAAGAAGGGCAAGAUAUUUAUUUAUACGAGAAACUGUAUCAUUUCUGCAAAGUCAGAACAGUUCCUUCAAUACAGUAUAUGUGUAUUAUGUAUUAAUAUGUAGAAGCUAUAAUUAUUAUUUUUUCGAUAACAUAUAAUCAAAUAUUACAUCCUAUGUAACCAAUAUUGUUUAUUACCUCAUUUAAAUACAUUAACUGUACUCUUUAUCUCUUAAAGGUUAUGUAUUAUUGAUAGAUUGAUACAAAAAUAAUUACAGCUGUUAUUGAGUUAAGUGCUUAUUAUUGAAUGUACUUUUACAGAAUUAGCUGCACAUUCUGAAUAUUUUUGUACUUUCAGUAUCAAAGCACUUGAUUAUUGUUUAACACAAAUUUUGAUAGUAUUUGAUUUUAUUUAUUGAUCAAGUUUAUUUGAAAUAAUUUAUUUUUCUUUAAUGACUAUGCAAAUAAUUUGUUAAGUUCUUUAUUAUUAUAUUUGACCUAAUAAAGAUUCAUUUUGAUUAAUAGUUUAUUCUAAUCUGGAAUAUACUACAAAAAAGUACUUAUUUUUGCAUCAACAUGACAGGUUUCAAUAAUUUUAUUGCACAAAGAUUGAAUUAUGUAUGUUUAAAGAUAAAUAAUUAUUAAUUUCAAAUGAUUAUACAUGCAAUACAAAUUAUAUUGGAUUUGUCGCAUCAAAUACUGUCCACAUGUACGUCAACGUGAUUAUAUCAUGAAAACAUUGUAUAAGUUCUAAUGUCAAAUAAUAAAUUUUCUAUGAAAAAUA